AUGUCUAAUAUUAUUCAAUUUUAAAAAUUGUUAUUUGUGACUACUUUUCUAUUUUAUGGAGUCUUAACAAAUAAAUAUAAAAAAAUCUCAUUGAAUAAUAGUCAAAGGAAAACAAAAGGAAUCUACAUAUCGCCAUUCUGGUUGGACUAACUCUAAUACACAGUUGAGCACUCAUCCUCAAUUGAUAGCAAUCUUCAACCACUUUGCCUGUCCUCUUUUCCUCAUCGCCUUUUUCUGGUAUCAAAUUUACUCAGAGAAGGAAAAACUUCUUGCCCCCAUGAUGCACAAGUCAUUCUGCCCGCAUUCGGAUCCCUAUAGAGCAGAUUUCAAAGCCUCAAAUAAAGAUUGCAUUUUUGACCUUGACCUUUUGUUCAUACCAGUACCCGAUGACAGUAGAACGACAGAGUAGGAUAUGUGA